ACUACCAAGAGACACAAAACAACCACAAAUAAAAGCAAAAUUACAACAAAUGGACACAAAUAAGUACAAAGAAAGAAAACAACUGAAGGCAACUGAACUGUCAUGUGGCUAGCAAAACAUAAACGUGUUGUACUGUGAAAUCGGGAACAUCUUCAUUGUAUCAGUGUUUAGAAGAAUCCCACUUUGCCCACAGAUUUAAAACGAUCUGUUGUGUGUGUGUUCACUUUAAGUUUCACUUGUGUUUCCAGAGGCGCCUGAACUUUGAAAUUUGUUCUACAGGGCGUGGUUUGAAUUACACAUGCGUAAAAGAUAAGAUAAACUUUCCUCUCCAAAGGAGCAGAGCGUCAGUACAUGUUCCUCAUAGCAGAUACUUUAUAUUUGUAUUUUUGAUCAACAUCCUCAUCUAAACAUGCCAAUGCAGAGAAGGAAAAACAGGAGAGGAUAUGAAGAACAUUUCGUCAGCGGUCGACACUUAAACCUGAAUGAUUUGAAGCAGGAAGCUCGACAUUUGACAAACCAGUACCUCUACAACAACAUCGUCCCAAACUCACCAAAGCCGGAGUUCCAUGUGACUCGUCUGAAACACGACACAGAUCAAGACGGGUUGAGUGGCAUCAGGAAGGACGAAGGCUUCAGGGUUCCAUACGAAGCCUCAGAUGAUCCACAUGCAGGCGUCCUGUUGUGGUGGAGUCUGGCUGUGGGCCAUGAGGAAGUGAAGUCAGCUGAGACGAGGCUCCUGCAACAGAAAUUCAGAAACGUCACAGAGGAUGAGGUCGCCAUGCAUCCCAGCUUCCUCUAUAAGUUUACCAGCUCUCCAGCAUUCUCAGAGGAGUCCAGACUGGGUUCAUACCGCUUCACCUUCAACCUGGAGGACGUACUGGAGGCCUACAGCCAGCAGUUUUGCUCUGGAGAUCAGCCGGUCAUGAGGGUCUAUGAAACUGUCCUGCACAAACAGGAAGUGCAGCAUACUGUGUUGGUCCACAGUCCAGUCAAUCAGGAGCUCUUCUCUAACUAUUAUCCUCUGCUGGUUGACGACCCGAACGCCGUCUGUGUUUACAAAGACGACCACUUCAUCUGGAGGCCGUACGCCAUGAGUGAUGAACACAGGGUUGCAGAGGGCUGGAGCCUAUCCCAGCUGACUCGGGCGAAGGCAGGGGACACCCUGGACCGGUCACCAGUCUGUCUCAGGGCUACAUAUACAGACAAACAAUCACACUCACAUUCACACCUACGGACAAUUUAGAGUAACCAAUUAACCUCAGCAUAUUUUUGGACUGUGGGAGGAAGCUGGAGAAAACCCACACAUGCACAGGGAGAACAUGCAAACUCCAUGCAGAAAGAUCCUGGGAAUAUGACCGGGGAUCUUUUAGCUGCAAGGCGAAAGUGCUAACCAUCACGCCACUGUGCAGCCCGAGCCGAAACCAGAACAUGAAUAAUAGGAGAAUCUACCGACAUUAUGAAAGCUGUCGUCACUUGAGUUGUUGUAGUUGAUGAUAAUGUUUCUGUUUG